AUGAAUGAAUUAAAUAUAGGACAAGGUACCCUUCGGGUGAGCUUUGAAGUGGGUAUAGCUGAAGAAUUCCCGGUGAGAGGAAAGGUCAAAGUUGGAGAGUCAGAGCCUGGGCUAGACCCAGCUGCACGGCUAUUACAUCAACAAUGGGAACGGGAAAACUACAAGUCCAGUGAAGACCCCCAUGCAGGGGGUAGCAGUGAAGACCCCCAUGCAGGUGGUAGCAGUGAAGACCCCCAUGCAGGUGGUAGCGGUGAAGACCCCCAUGCAGGUGGUAGCAGUGAAGACCCCCAUGCAGGGGGUAGCAGUGAAGACCCCCAUGCAGGGGGUAGCGGUGAAGACCCCCUUGCAGGGGGUAGCAGUGAAGACCCCCAUGCAGGGGGUAGCAGUGAAGACCGCCAUGCAGGGGGUAGCAGUGAAGACCCCCAUGCAGGGGGUAGCAGUGAAGACCGCUAUGCAGGGGGUAGCAGUGAAGACCCCCAUGCAGGGGGUAGCAGUGAAGACCCCCAUGCAGGGGGUAGCAGUGAAGACCCCCAUGCAGGGGGUAGCAGUGAAGACCCCCAUGCAGGGGGUAGUGGUGAAGACCCCCAUGCAGGGGGUAGCAGUGAAGACCCCCAUGCAGGGGGUAGCAGUGAAGACCCCCAUGCAGGGGGUAGCAGUGAAGACCCCCCAUGCAGGGGGGUAGUGGUGGUAAGCUAA